CCGCCCCCCUUCAAGGCAGUUUAUGCAGAUUAUAUCACAUAUGAGCAGUAUCACCAUGAGUUCAUGAAGGAGGAUUGUGCACAAGCCACUCUUCUUCACAGCGGGAUCUUAUGGCAGCUAGUGUUACAUAGCCUUGGCUUUGAUGUCCUCCCCUUGGCCCUGAUUGGCAUUUCACAGGAUGCUGUCCCAUUCAGACAAAUGUUGUCUCUCAAUGGCAAGACUCACUUUGAUGAUGAUUGGUUGGAAGAGGAGGUUGAUUUCAUUUGCAGGAUGUAUUAUGUGUACACGAGUAAGUUUCCCUAUUCAUAUUGA